CUGUCGUUAUCGUUGGUGUAGCCGCCAUUUUGUCAUCGAGCUGCGUACGAUGCUCUGCUGUGGUGUGUAUUGCUUUGUGAAUUUCAAUAGCCGUUUUGAGCAAGUUAAUGCUGAAAUAAUUUAGUAUUUCAAACAUCGGGGCGUAGAUUAUGGCGGAGUAUUUGGCAUCAAUCUUCGGAACCGAGAAAGACAAAGUAAAUUGCUCUUUCUACUUUAAAAUCGGUGCUUGCCGACACGGUGACAGGUGUUCGCGUAUUCACAACAAACCUACAUUUAGCCAGACAUGUUUACUUCAAAAUUUAUAUGUAAAUCCUCAGAAUUCUGCCAAGAGUGCAGAUGGCUCUCACUUGGUUGCAAAUGUAUCGGAUGAAGAAAUGCAAGAGCAUUAUGACAAUUUCUUUGAGGAUGUUUUUGUUGAAUGUGAGGACAAGUACGGUGAGAUCGAAGAGAUGAAUGUGUGCGACAAUCUGGGAGAUCAUUUGGUAGGCAAUGUAUACAUAAAAUUUCGAAGAGAAGAAGACGCAGAGAGAGCUGUGAAUGAUUUGAAUAAUCGUUGGUUUGGUGGUCGUCCAGUUUAUGCUGAACUGUCUCCAGUCACAGAUUUCAGAGAGGCAUGCUGCCGACAAUAUGAAAUGGGUGAAUGUACACGAUCUGGAUUUUGCAAUUUUAUGCAUCUGAAGCCUAUCUCGCGCGAACUGCGUCGUUAUUUGUACAGUCGCAAGAAGGGCGGUCGAGGACGAUCAAGGUCUCGUUCACGAUCACGAGGCAGAGAUCGCAAACGCAGAUCACGAUCGCGCGACAGACGAUCGAGGUCCAAGGACCGCCGAAAGAGAGAUGACAAAGGUAGAGACGGUAGGUCCGGAAGAUACUAAUUAUUGGGAAAUAAUGAUUGCGUUUAUACGAAUGUUUGCUGCGAGACCUUAAUUUGAGCACCAUCAUCUUAUUCAGCUAUGGAAUAUGAAUUGGUUUUACAAAUGUAUACAUGUAAUACAAACCAGCAUCUUUCUUUAGUAAUAGUUAAAACUGGUUAGUCAAAACAAUUCACUAUCUUGGAAUAAUGUGUUUCUUAUAUCAUUUCAUUUCAAUUUGUUGAAUAUUGUAACUAUGAUAUAUUGACUUUUACGUUGCAAUAAUGAAGUAAUGAAUACGACCAUCUUCGAAAGAAAUAAAGAGUUUAUAAAACAACUAAACAUAUGCAUAUAUCUUGUAUGUGCGAUCAAAUGACGGAAAUAAAUAAAAUGUGUAAGUAUAGAAAUAUA